UCCAGACUAUGGUCACAUUCGAAUGCAAAUAAAUAUAAACAAUUUCCAUGUUCAAAAAUGCCAAAGAAAACGCAGGAGAAACGAAAGCCGUGGGUGAAGAACCUCUAUUCGAACCGCGAAUACCCAGACAACUAUACCGAUGCCAGCUUCCUCGAGGAUCUGCGCACCAAUCUCCAUGUGCGCAUCUACACCUACAGAGAGGCCAUAGCCGGCAUCACGGUGCUCAACAACCAGAUCUCCUGCAUAGCCGGCUUCCUGAUACUCUACCAAAUGAUGCUCAGUGACAGCGUCUCGCCCACCACCAUUCUCCUGCCCAGCUGUGGGGUCACCGGAAUGGGCUAUCUGUGCUAUCGCGGUAGGAGUCUGAGCAUGUCGCUGUUGGGAGAGGAUUCAAAGACCCUGGCAACGGUCGUCCUCUUUGGCUAUCUGUUCUCCCCGAUGCUGCACACCCUGACGCAGGCCAUCAGCACGGACACCAUCUAUACCAUGACCUUCUUCGUCCUGCUGGCCAACCUGAUGUUCACCAAUUACGGACUGGACGUGGCCGUGGUCUCCAAAGCCAUAUCGCUGAACGCGGCCAUAUUCGGAUCCAUCUGCCUGGCCUCGCGCCUCUCGACGUCGUAUCAUGCAUUUGUGCUGCUCGUCGAGGCUGCCAUCUUCUUUGUCCUGUAUCCCAUCAUCACGGAGGCCAACUGGAAUGCCCUUUUCAUUAUCCCCAUCUUUGCCAUCUGCUGCGGAGCUCUCUACUGGAUAUCGCGGCCGGUGCUCUGUCUCUACGCCAGCAGCACGCUGUUCAUCAACUUUGUGUGUCCGUUCAUAUUCGUGAGGCAGCAGAAAUACAAGUUCAACAUCCAUGGACCCUGGGACGAGGCCAUUGUGGAGGAGAACACCGACGAGAAUCUCGAUGAGAACUUAUAGCGUCAGCUUCGCUUCUCACAGCAGCUACAACCAGACGAGCAUGGUGGCGGCGAUGUCGGGGAGCACUAGUCAUUGGCAUUCUUUUAAUUCGAUUGUACAUACUUUUUUCUAGCUUUCUUUUCUCUACCUAGUCUAUCCAUAACUUAUUGCAUGCAUUUUUCAUUCCAAUCAUAAUCAUAAUCCAAUUCUAUCCUUGUUAUUUUGUUGUAAAUUGUUAAUUUGUAAAUAAUCGCAUGCCUUUUAAAGAAAUAUAUUUAAUCAUUUGGUUGAUGUGCUUGCCCCAUGGUGGCCACGAUUGUUCCCGAUA